GCAUUGACGGGGACUUAUCGUUGACAUUGACACGGCAAAGGCUAUCAGCUUGUCCCUUACUGUCGCAACGCAUACUAUCUCAAAGAACAUUACUUAUUGCAAAACAUCAAAAAAAAUCAUGUUGGAUAUUAACCCUGCAGCUACACUCGAACAGCUCCGGCAACUGGAGAAAAACAAUGGGGAUUUAAAGUCACAUCUCGCUAUUGUUCGCAUCAGUGAACCGAUCUUCGCGCCUGACGCUGACAAUCCAAGCAACUCACUACCGAAGCGUACCUCGGAUGCUUCCAUUAUCGAUAACCCCACCCCCGCUUCGCUCGAGGCCGACCUGACACACUACAAGGAACUCUUUUCAAAACUACGCUUUUCAUAUGUCGAGCAAGUGACGAAAGAAAAAUUCCUGCGUGCGAUCGUGGGCGAUCCUCCGCUGGUGGUCGGCCAUAAUGAGAACGUGGAACUCGAGACGCAAUUGGCAGAGGUGAAGGCGGAACUGAAGGCGCGCAAAGAAGAAGUCCGUACGAUGAUCACAGAGAUGGAGAAGACGGGCCGCGACCUCGCCAAUCGGUAUAAUAAUGUUGAAUUACAGAUCACGCAGCUUUCUACUCUACCCGAGUCCAUCGAGAAUCUUGAGUCCACGAUCGCCGGACUACGUGCCAAACAAGCAUCCAAUACGGACGCUUCCUCGCAGAAUCUUCCACUUCCCGCGACUCUGUCGCUUUUGGCUGAGCGGGAAGCGGAGCUUGCUUCUCUAAACCGGCAGCUUGCUGCAGUACAGAACGCGUUGCCCCGCAAGACACGAGAGGCGGAGGCAGUGGAGCGAGAGCUGGGUGUUCUUGAAAGACGGAAGUCAGAGGCGGUCACCCAGGCUCGUGAGGCCGAGAGGAAGAAGCAAGAAGGAGAGAGUGACGGGCUGGAGGAAGUCGGAAGAUGGUAUAGAAGUGCGGAAGAAACACUCAAACAUUUGGUGGGUGUUGAGGGAUAAUGAAGACCUGGGAGGCAGGAGGCGUGGAUGACUAUGAUAUAACGGGCAACGGGCGUUACGGAAGAUACGUGACGGAUAUAUAGGCGUACAAUAUUACAGGGACUACAAAUGGAC